AUGUUGAUGUUCAAAAUCGUCCUAGUCGUAACUCUACUAUCCAACGUCAUAACCACGUCUACCUACGCGUGUGCCGCUACAGCUCCACCAAGUCAACCAACCACCAUUCCCGCAACGACGUCCACAACAACCACUUCAACUGGCACUACAGGUACGUAUACGACCGUAAUUACUAGAAGCUAUGUGACGGCAAGUAGCCUCUAAGUGUAAGUAUUUAUCGGAUCAGUGUUAGAACUCUAAAUUAGGUCAUUAUUCGGAACAACUGACUUGAUUUUUUGCUGAUUUCAAUUAUAUUGUACUAGGUGAUAUAAUUCGAAAAUCUGAGCAAUAAAACAUCACCUGAGUUGCCGGCACUAAUUUUACGACCAAUUUCAGAGUGUGGUACGUCUUGUUCUCAAGUUACUCUUAAAAUGGAUAGUGAAAAUAGCAGACCUAUUAACCAAACAGCUAAAGAAAACGCGGGAAAUGGCUGUCCUGGCUUCGUAUUGGACUGUGGUGGAACUUCUGAUGAUUCUGCAGUCAUUUUUACGGUAUGUAGGAUGUUUUUAGACAAUACAUUUAUCACAAUUUGCCCAAUGAUGGCGAUUUUCGACCUCGUUUUAGAUAUUAAAGCUAAAAAUAUUCUAAUUUCAGUGGUAUCGCAGUGGCACCGAUGUCGGAAGUACCUUCGGAACUGGGACAGUCACUGCAACAGUUAUCUGUAGCGCCAAUAAUCAACUAACAUUAGAGGGAAGUGUAGUAGAUAGUGUAGAAUGUAUAUCCACGUAA